UGCAUUCGUGUGAUUGGUAAUUGGUCUCUGAUACCAGAAGAUAUAUGUAAAUUAAUGGCUGAAGUUAUGAUUAUUACUAGGGAAAAUAAUAGAAUGUUUAUUAAUUUUGCUAUUGCUUAUACAUCAAGGGAUGAAAUUACUCAUGCAAUUAAGGAUAUAAUACAAGGUGUAAAGGAUGCUGAUAUUUUACCAGAAGAUAUUAAUGAAGAUCUGAUUAGUGAUUGUUUGUACACUUACAAGUCUCCAAAUCCAGAUUUAUUAAUUCGUACUUCCGGAGAAAGUAGACUUAGCGAUUUCCUUAUGUGGCAAAUUUCUCAUACUUGUAUUUAUUUUACCGAAGUAUUGUGGCCUGAAUUCAGUCGAUGGAAUUUUUUUAGUGCAAUUUUUUAUUAUCAGAGGUGUUAUCCUAAUUUGCAGAAAAAUAUAAACAAUUUGAAACCAAUUAUGCAUAAUACUAGAGUAUCCAUGUUUCUUGAUAAGUUGUAUAACAAACGUGACAUGGCAAUCGAAAAAAUAUAUCAAUCAGCAAUUAAAUCCUAGAAAU